AUGCACCUCCUCACUACUCGAUGCCCUCCCAGAACCCUCCUCCUACUGCCUCUGCCCGAGACCGACACCGAGACCGACACCGAGACCGACACCGAGACCCCAUCCAUAAGGCGCGGUCGUUUCGGUCGAGAAUUCCGCGUCGCCGACCAUCUAGCCGACUACAGCCCGGACCUAGACGUGCGCGGAUCCAGGCCCCGAUCGGCGGCCCCUCCGAUCAACCUGGGCGAGCCUUUCAUCCAAUCGCUCUUCGCCGCCUCAACCUUCCUCUUCCAAAACCUCGACAUUCUCGUCAGACACGGCUUCUUCCACCUCUUCGAACGCUUUCGCUUCCUCCUGUCACAUCACCAUCAUCAGCAACAGCAGCAGCAGCAGCACGCCGCGGGACGAACAACAUCCCGCACCCCAGCCACCAGCGCCACCACCGUCCACGACAUCUUCUGGCACCUCUUCUCCCUCUGCUGCCUCCUCGACCGGGAUCGCGCCCUGGGAUGCUCCCCCGAGCUAGGUUUCGCCGUCGCCAGCUUCGCUCUCGAGCUGUUGCCCCGCGUGCAGACCCAUUGUCGUCCCGAGCUGGACUACGUGCAGUGGAUCGAGACCAUGCGCAAGUGGACGUCCUGCGGCGGUUCUGGAACAUGA